AUGAGUAUGAUUUGUUUGAGCCAUUUUGAUAUUCCAAUUGGUCAAAAAACGAGAAGAAAGGGAGAUUUUCCAGUUACAAAUAAGGUUUUUUAUUCAGAAUUUUCAUUUAUACACUUGUUUAUUUCAGGUUGAAAAACAAAAACGACGUCAACCUCAAAUCAAACUGGAAUUGAAUGAUAUUUAUUUGGACAAUUUGAACUUUUUUGGAUUUGCAUUUGAUGAUGUCGUGAGUUUUAUUCAGAAUAUAUGAGUUUGAAUCAGGCUUGAUCGUUACAUCCUUGAAGAUUCGGAAAUAUAACUGAUCUUCCGAGUUCUCUGUUCCUAAUUUUCAAUCAGAUUUUUUUUUUCGGAAUUUAAAGUUUCCGGAAGGGUUUUUUUAAUUUUUCAAUUUUUCAGAAAAUAGUUGAAAAUGAGACAUUUGAAACUAGAAACAAAGCUUGUGAUUUUUCUGAAAUUGUUAGUUACAAUUAAUCAGUAUUCCAUCAAUUUCUAUAUUUUCAUUAAUGUUAUAUUCAUUUCGAUCUUUUGACAAAACUAGCCAGAGCACAUUCAGUGUUUUCAACAAUUCAGGAGGUGGUCCGACGUUUGUCACACCCCGAGAAAUCUGUUGAUUCCGAUUCAUAUCAGUCCUGUUUUAGAUGCCUCCACAUCUAUAAAUAUUUAAUUUUUCAGACCAAUCAAGUUGUUAAAGUUAAAAAUGCAAAGCUGGAAUAG